CGUCCGUCUCACCAGCCUCCCUUCUCUAGGGUUUAAGCCGUAUAAGAGCCCCCUCGCCAUCCCCCUCCGCCGCCUCUGCCCCCUCGCUUCCUUCCCUCUCGGUGCGCUCCGAUCCGAAGAGAUGGCGGUGCCGCUGCUGACGCAGAAGAUCGUGAAGAAGCGGGUCAAGCAGUUCAAGAGGCCUCACAUCGACCGCUACAAGUGCCUCAAGCCAAGCUGGCGCAGGCCAAAGGGUAUUGACUCCCGUGUGAGGAGGAAGUUCAAGGGAUGCACCUUGAUGCCCAACAUUGGAUACGGCUCUGACAAGAAGACCAGGCACUACCUUCCCAACAAGUUCAAGAAGUUCGUGGUGCACAACGUCUCAGAGCUGGAGUUGCUCAUGAUGCACAACAGGACCUACUGCGCCGAGAUCGCCCACAACGUCUCCACGAAGAAGCGCAAGGAGAUUGUCGAGCGCGCCGCGCAGCUUGACAUUGUGGUCACCAACAAGCUCGCCAGGAUCCGUAGCCAGGAGGACGAGUAGGCUGUUCGUCAGUACGAUGUCCUAGUCCUUUCCAUCUGCUUUCAGUCGUGUUACUACCGAGGAUACCUGUUAUGCCGACCUUUUUGUUAUCAGUAGCGACCCUAAUGUGGCAAAUUCUACUGUUACCACACAUCUAUCUGAAUUAUCUGCGUUGCCAUGGUUCCA